CAGACGGGUGGACCUCCAGGGUAACAGAAAGCUACGUGACUGACUGCUCACUACACCACAGAGGAGUGGACCUCCAGGGUAACGGAAAGCUACAUGACUGUGACUGUUCACUACACCACAGAGGAGUGGACCUCCAGGGUAACAGAAAGCAAUGUGACUGUGACUGCUCACUACACCACAGAGGAGUGGACCUCCAGGGUAACAGAAAGCAAUGUGACUGUGACUGCUCACUACACCACAGAGGAGUGGACCUCCAGGGUAACGGAAAGCUACAUGACUGUUCGCUACACCACAGAGGAGUGGACCUCCAGGGUAACAGAAAGCAAUGUGACUGUGACUGCUCACUACACCACAGAGGAGUGGACCUCCAGGGUAACGGAAAGCUACAUGACUGUUCGCUACACCACAGAGGAGUGGACCUCCAGGGUAACAGAAAGCUAUGUGACUGUGACUGUUCACUACACCACAGAGGAGUGGACCUCCAGGUAACAGAAAGCUAUGUGACUGUGACUGCUCACUACACCACAGAGGAGUGGACCUCCAGGGUAACAGAAAGCUACGUGACUGUUCACUACACCACAGAGGAGUGGGAGAUGUGAAGUCCGGUGCUACAGACACGCCCCCUUUAUGAGAGUCACACGGGCACAACUCUGGCGUAGGUACGGCUGGGAGCAGGAGCAGAGUGGAAGCUAGAGAAGCCCAAUAGAAAUAUCCCAAUCACCACAGAUAAUGCCAAGAACCAAGUAAAUGCAGUGGUAGAGGCUGGACUGGGGCAGCAGAUAGCUUGCUUUGCACAUGUGAUCAAUUUAGGAUCCUAAAGGGGAAUCUCAGUGAACUAGAUGGACCGCCUCCUUGGGAGGAUCAGGAAGGUGGUUUCCUUUUUCCACCGAAGAACAACAGCCACUCAUGUGCUUAAGACCAAGCAGGAAAUGUUCCAGCUACCGACCCACAAGCUCAUACACCACGUCACAACAAGAUGGACCUCCGCUUAUGACAUGUUGGAGAGCCAUCUUGAGCAGCAGACAGCUGUAUACUCUGAACUGACAGACAAGACCCUGGAAAAACAUAAAGACGUCGUCACCUUGUCUGAUGAUGACGUGGAAGUGUCAGAGGAGGUCCUCCAGGUGCUCAAACCCCUCAAAACGGUUACAAACCUACUGAGCACUGAAACGGUCUGUGUCCAUGAUCCUACCUCUGAAAACAAGGAUUCUACAAUCCAUGGCCCCAAGUGAGGAAGACAGCACCAUCACUAGAGAUGUCACGGCUGCCAUUAGAGAGGACCUGAACCCCAGAUACCCCCCCCCCCCUAAUGUACAGGACUACCUUCAUAGAUCUACUGCACUGGAUCCAAGGUUCAAGUCCCUGUCUCACCUAGACCCUGCCUUACACCCGGAGGGCAUACAGUGAUCUCACCACUGAGAUUGUGGCCACUGAAGAGGGUCAAGCCACAGAGCAACAGGAGCAGACUCCGAGGCAUCUCCUCCACAAAAUAAUUCAGCUUUUCGGGGGAGACCUUUGCGAGCAAGGACACAGACAAGACGUUUGCCAACACCAUCAAAGAGGAGGUGACACCCUACAAGGCAGCGAGCAGCAUUCCACUGGCAUGGUGGAAAAGCACUGAGUUAGACGGUGUGGAUUGUAAUCCAGGAUGCCUGGUUCUGGACAGUGACUUCCUGCUUAGUGGAGAGCUCUGUGAGUUUGGAGACACGGAGAUCAUGGGGCUGGACAGAGACACAGCUAUGACGGUGUUCUCUCUGAGUGAUGAAAGCUCCAGCCUUCCAGCUCCGGAUGACUCCACCUUCCCAGCAUUCCUCUCCUGUAAGGGGUGUGGUCAACUGAUUGGGGCCGACCUUGACCUAGGGGCAGGACUACACUUGGGGGUGGGACUCUACUGCACGACCUGUGAGGAGGACGUCCAAUCAGAAUCUCACACAGCCUUGGAGGACACCUCACAAGGGGAGGAGUCAACCCCAGCCGUCCAAUCCCAUGCGGUGCAAGACAGGAAGAGGAAGAGGAGUAAGGCAGGUGAUGAAGAAGCCUGUAUGAAGGUGUACACAUGCUCUCUGUGUAGUUUCUCCUCUCGCUACUCCAACCAUCUCAAACGCCACAUGAGAACCCAUGAUGGAGAGAAGCCCUACCACUGUCCCCACUGCCCCUACGCCUCUACACAGAGGGUCAACCUGCAGAGACACACACGCACACACACCGGGGAGAAGCCCUACCUCUGCAACGCCUGCAACUAUGCCUGUAGUUCCCUGGGGAACCUGCGGAGGCACCAGCGCUCGCACAGCCAGGAACCCCGGGCGCAACGCGCGCACUCACUGAAGAGACGCAGCAGACGAAAACACACACACCGAGGAAACGCUGAAGUUAAGAGCACACAAUCAGAUGCCAUGGUGUCAGACCUGACAGUGUGUAUGAGGGAGGACUCUGAUUUCCUCCAGAACCGAGAGGGGGUAGCCUCUCCCUCCUCCCCCCGUCUCCCCCCCUCCGCUCCCCUCCCUGACCUCCUCUUCCCCCUCUGCUGUCGCUCCUGUGGCCUCACCCUGGAGGGAGAAGGAGAGACGGAGGAGGAGGGCGGAGGGCAGGUGUGUAAUAAAUGUUCAGAGUCUCUCAUCUCCAAGAAACCAGGGUCCCCCAGCCCCACUGACACACUCCAGUCAGGGGCCAGCAAGCUGUACCGCUGCCCUCUCUGCCCCUUCCUCUCCCUCUACCCCAACCACCUGGCCCGACACGCCCACACCCACAGCGGGGAGAAGCCCCACCGCUGCCCUCAGUGCCCUUACGCCUCGGCCCACCUGGACAACCUGAAACGCCACCUCCGGGUCCACACGGGGGAGAAGCCCUACCGCUGUCCCCAGUGCUCGUACGCCUGCGGGAACCUGGCCAACCUGAGGCGCCAUGAGAGGAUUCACUCUGGAGCCAAGCCGUUCCACUGCUCUGUGUGUGGCUACAGCUGUAACCAGAGUAUGAACCUGAAGAGACACAUGCUGAGACACACGGGGGAGAAGCCGUAUGGCUGUGCUGAGUGUGACUACACUACGGGACACUGGGACAACUACAAACGUCAUCAGAGGAAACACGGACACAACACCGAGAGCUGGGACAAACACACACACCAGGACACUACAGGAGACAGCUGGGACAAACACACACACCAGGACACUACAGCAGACAGCUGGGACAAACACACACACCAGGACACUACAGCAGCAGACAGCGAGGGCUGGACCACACAGGAGAAAACGGAGAAACACACACCACCACAUACCACAGACUAACACUGGGUUCAAGAGACAGGGAACCAUAGCCGGGGGGGGGGGGGGGGGGGGGGGGGGGGGGGGGGUUUAUUACACUAGUGACCCCCUUCCUCUGUGCUCAGGCCUCAGAGGGGUGGGGCUUAUCUCAGGUGCCUCUAGAGGCGGAGCUACAUGAGCCGUCGUACUGCAUGUGAAUGCUGCACUGACCUUUACCUUGGGCAUUAAAGGGCAUGUGGGCGUGCCAUUAAAGGGCAUGUGGGCGUGCCAUUAAAGGGCAUGUGGGCGUGCCAUUAAAGGGCAUGUGGGCGUGCCAUUAAAGGGCAUGUGGGUGUGCCAUUAAAGGGCAUGUGGGCGUGCCAUUAAAGGGCAUGUGGGCGUGCCAUUAAAGGGCAUGUGGGCGUGCCAUUAAAGGGCAUGUGGGCGUGCCAUUAAAGGGCAUGUGGGCGUGCCAUUAAAGGGCAUGUGGGCGUGCCAUUAAAGGGCAUGUGGGCGUGCCAUUAAAGGGCAUGUGGGCGUGCCAUUAAAGGGCAUGUGGGCGUGCCAUUAAAGGGCAUGUGGGCGUGCCAUUAAAGGGCAUGUGGGCGUGCCAUUAAAGGGCAUGUGGGCGUGCCAUUAAAGGGCAUGUGGGCGUGCCAUUAAAGAUUGAUCUUGUUUUCGAAUGGUAACAUUCUGUUUUUAAUUCAGUGGAUUCUAUGUUUAAAAUGAUGUUUUGAUUGGAUUGCAGCCCAUUUCACAAUCAGGUUUUGUGUGACUAAUAUUUUUCAUUAUUAACUGCAAUGAACCCGAAUUGUAAAAGUGUACGAAUUUAAAGAUUUAUAUUUGAGUUAUUUUCUUAAUCAUUAUUUCAACAAUGUUUCACAGCUGAGUGCAAGGCUACUCAGAGAAUGGACAGGGCCACUGUAAAGUUCUGUCUGCACACGAUGCCUUAUACAUCUCUCCAAUCCUGAAAUAAAGACAGUCAACUGUGAA